AUGCAGUACCGACCAUGGGAGGCGUCGGACCGCGGCGCCAUCCCGCAACAGACAUCGCCUGUGGGCUCGGUGGCCAGCGGAACGCGAUCCACCCACUCACACACGAACAACGGAAACAGUACCGGCUUCCCACUGUAUCCCCCCGCUUCACAGGCGCACCAGCCAAAGUCCGUGGGCGUGGGCGACCAGAAUCAGAAUCCCUUGCAUAGCCACGCCCAGACGCAUCCGCACCCACAUCAACAUCCACAUAACCAUGCCAAGUCGGCGUCCCGUGCCUCCAGCUCAAGCGGCGGGGCCAGCAGUGCCACCCUGGCCGCUUCUCAAGCGUCCGCCCAGCAGCAGCCUAAGCAGGAUCAGCGACUGACCCACGAACAAUUUCGGGCCGCCCUCCAAAUGGUCGUCUCCGCUGGCGAUCCGCGCGAGAAUCUUGAUCAUUUCAACAAAAUCGGCGAGGGAUCUACGGGCACCGUCUGCAUAGCCACCGACAAGUCCACAGGUCGCCAGGUGGCCGUAAAGAAAAUGGACCUGCGCAAGCAGCAACGACGCGAGCUGCUCUUCAACGAGGUGGUCAUCAUGCGGGACUACCAUCAUCCAAAUAUCGUUGAGACAUACUCCAGCUUUCUGGUCAACGACGAGCUCUGGGUUGUUAUGGAGUAUCUGGAGGGCGGCGCCCUCACCGACAUUGUCACCCAUUCGCGCAUGGAUGAGGAGCAGAUUGCCACUGUCUGCAAGCAGUGCUUGAAGGCUUUGGCCUAUUUGCACUCACAGGGUGUGAUCCAUCGAGACAUCAAGUCGGACUCCAUACUACUGGCCGCCGAUGGACGGGUGAAGCUGUCGGACUUUGGAUUCUGCGCCCAGGUGUCGCAGGAGCUGCCCAAACGCAAAUCGUUGGUUGGCACACCCUACUGGAUGUCGCCGGAGGUGAUUUCACGCCUGCCGUAUGGGCCCGAGGUGGACAUCUGGUCGUUGGGUAUCAUGGUCAUUGAAAUGGUGGACGGCGAGCCACCAUUCUUCAACGAACCGCCGCUACAGGCGAUGCGUCGCAUCCGGGACAUGCAGCCACCGAAUCUUAAGAAUGCCCACAAGGUCUCGCCACGUUUGCAAUCGUUCCUCGAUCGGAUGCUGGUGCGUGACCCGGCUCAGCGGGCCACCGCCGCCGAGUUGCUGGCCCAUCCAUUCCUGCGCCAGGCGGGGCCGCCCUCCCUGCUGGUCCCACUCAUGCGCAACGCGCGACACCACUCAUAGAA